GCACACAAUAAGGCACACCUGUUGGUCUGUAAUUUAUGUGGCGGCCAACUGAGCGCUGCACAGUCGUGUCAAAUAAAGCCAGUGCUCUGAUAGCAGUGAGAGCGCAUGCCUACAGUGAUGGAGAAAAGAAUGAUUAAGGACAACACUCAUAUUUGGAGGCUGCAUACAUUUGAGAUGCAGGAUGGCAUCAGAUAGAAAAUACUGGCAAACAAAAAAAGACAGUCCACAUUGAUUUAAGAGAUCGAGCCACCUGUGCAAAGAGAGACGACCUGUAAUCUGAGCUGAAAUCUGAAGUUUUCCCAAAUUCAGCCUCCAUGUGUUUAGGAAUGAAAUGUCGCAUGUAAGUGAAACCACAGCAUCCAGUCUGACUGAAGGGAACCCUGUGACGAGUUUGACCUUAGUCGUUCUCCUGCUCGUUCCCUGCGUGGUCGUUCUGCUUCUGCUGAACUGCCUCUUGCUGGGUUACAAGUUACUGAUCCUGUCAAAGAAGAAAAUCAGGCUGCGGCCAGAACGCACGGAGGAGAUGCUUUUGCGGUCUCCUCAGGGAGUCAGACUGUCCGAUGUGGCGUUUCCUUUGCGCCAAGACGGGCGGAGAGCGUAUUUGUCGCUAUCAGAGCCCGUGCUCCCUCAUCCCGUUACUUCUUCCAGGGCUUCUUCCAGGGAAAGGAUCGGGCUGGAUCACAGGAUCCGACUUCUGAGGCCAGAUGGCGCUACUGGUUCAGGGUCUCAGAGAGCGCCGAGCACCAUCCGGGCAAUCUCUCCAGAAGAUUGUUUCACCCCGGGACUAAACCUUGCCUCCAGCUCACGGACCUACAGCUUCAGCAAAACAGGCUGGCGCAAGAGUGCACAGGUGUUACCGCAUGAUUCAGGGACUGAAACCAGAUUGAACCUUGUCCCUCCAAACACUCCUAUGGAGACCGAAUUUGUGGGUCUCAUUCGGAGGAGCAGUACUUAUGAGAUGCUGUCAGAUGUGGACCCAGGUGUUGCAGGGUGCAGGGUUGACAAGGUAGACAUGGAGUGCGAGUACACCAACCUGCAUUCAGAGGCGUCCUGUCUGAACGCGUCUGCAGCGGGUCCUGGACUGGAUAGCGAUUUUGGAGCAAGUGCAGGUACAGGGGUCUCCCUGCGGAUUCUGUCUGCAGACAGUGACGGCCUGUCCAAUGGAGUGCUGGCUUCAGCUCUGGAGUGGGAUUAUUAUGACCCCUGCUAUGUCAAACAGAAUAAUAUACCCAAACAUAAACAUCACAGACCUGCAAUCCACAUGAAACAGUACUGGGUGUAAUUUGUACUUUUAAUGUUUAUUAAUGUGUAUCAUGUAUUUAUUCCAUCAAGUGUUUUUUCGAAUUUCUUUGUCUCAUUAUUGAACACUAUUACUUUACACAAACUGACAUAAUUUUUGAUGUUGUAAAACUCACCCUUCCACAGAACCUGUUCAGACUGUAUGUUCUUCUUCACUUUGACUUCAGUUACUAUCAAAUGUUAUCAGUGCACUGAUGACACGCUUCACUGAUGUUAGUUAAUUCAUCUCACACUUUCAUAUGUACUGGCCCGUUUGGCUGGUUUUAAGUAUCACAAACAUUUUCAUAACAAUCAGUUUCACAGUUGAUUUGAAAUUCUUUGAUUCACUUUGAUCUGUAGACUAUGUAAAAUAUAAUAAAGUACCUAUUGAUGAAAUUGUUAAUCUUUAUAAUAAAAACAACUUCAUGUUUACAUACUUUUUGAUUCGGCAUGUUCCAGUUGCCUCUCCUGACCAGCAGAGGGCGCUCCUGGUGAUAUGGU